CAGAUUCCUUUAUCAUAUUGAAGAACCUGGAACCAGCAAGUGAUUCAUAAUUCAAGUGCAUCCUGGAAAUGUAAGAUUGCCGUCAAAAUGACUGAAACACCAUCAACCAACUAUUCAGUGAUCCAGCCCCACACUUCGGGGAGUGAACAGUCUUUGUCCGUGCGGCCUUUCAAUGUCACAGAACCAGUUGUGGCCAAACGGGUCUGUUUUUACAAAAGUGGAGAUCCUCAAUUUAAUGGGGUGAAAAUGGUUGUCAACAGCCGGUCUUUCAAGUCAUUUGACGCCUUGCUUGACAACUUAUCCAAAAGAGUCCCCCUGCCUUUUGGAGUGAGGAAUAUCACCACACCACGAGGGAUACACAGCAUCAGUAAUCUGGAAGACCUUGAAGAUGGAAAGUCCUACAUCUGUUCCCAGCAGAGGAAAGUCAAGCCCAUUAACCUGGAAAUGGCCAAAAAAAAGCCAUUGCCAUGGCAGAACAGCAGGCCCAUCAGUGCUCGCCGGAGGGCUGUACAGUUAGCUAGAGAAGGAGAAAGCAGCAUGUUCCAAAAGGGGAGUGCUGUCAGAUCAAGUACCUCUAAGAAGUUGCUUGUUUUCAAAAAUGGCAAUGUAAGAAUCCGACGCGCUGUUGUCUUAGGUAAGAAGAACACACAAAGCUUUGAGGCCUUUCUGGACCACAUCAGUGAAUUAAUGCAGUAUCCUGUUGUGAAACUAUAUACUACUGAUGGGAGAAAGGUGCCCAGCCUUCAAGCCUUGGUACUAUGUUCUGGAGCUGUUGUGGCGGCAGGGAGAGAACCUUUCAGAGCAGGAAAUUAUGAUCCCCAUAGGUACUCAUUGCCUGGAAAGCUACCUGGAGUCUCCAAUCGUGUACAUCCGAGAACAGCUGUCAAUUCUGAGGGCCGAAAAACAAUGAAAUGGAAGGUAACAGUUCAUACCAAUGACCAGCCAUCUGCGGGUACCAGCUCACAAGUUUAUAUUACAUUAUAUGGAGAUAAAAGUAAUUCAGGAGCUAUCUUUCUAUAUGGAGAAGAGAAAAGGGUGUUUGAAAGAGGAAACACAGAUACCUUCACUAUUCACACACUAGACAUAGGAGAGCUCUACAAAAUACGGGUAGGACACAGUAACUCGGGGGAAACUCCUGCUUGGCAUUGCAAAGAGGUGCAACUGCAAAAUCUUGUGACAGAGGAACACUUCAGUUUUCCUGUUGAUAGGUGGCUGGCACAAAACCAGGAUGAUGGUAUAAUCUGCCAGGAAGUGCCUGUUUUACAUCACGGCCAGCCUCUUCUUCCAGUGACAAUCUAUGAGGUGCACAUAGUGACAGGGGAUCUAUGGAAUGCUGGAACAGAAGCUGAUGUCUACAUUGUGGUCUAUGGAGAAAAAGGUGACACAGGAUCCCGACAACUCCUUAAAUCAAAGAACCCUAGGAUGUAUCUGAAAGGACAAACUGAUGUCUUCUCACUUGAAGCUGUGCACCUUGGAAAAUUACGUAAGAUUGUUAUUGGACACAACGGACUUGGCUCAGGAAAUGGUUGGUUUCUGGAGAAAAUUAUAGUUAAGGACCCAAUAACUAAUGUGGAUUACCACUUCCUCUGCCACAGGUGGCUAGAUCAAGGAGAAGACGAUGGCAAAAUUGUUAGAGAACUAUAUGGCAUUGAUAAUUACACCUUAGCAGUGAGACAAGAACUGGAAAUAAAGAAAACAAAAAUGUGGGCAGCAGAAAAGUGGAAAUUUGAGAAAGGCAAUACUCUUCUGUUUUACAACAAGGUGACCCAUGGUUUUAUACGCAUCAAUCAAGAGGGAACAGUUGAUGCCCUUGGCAACAAGAAAGACAAAUAUGGACUUUUUGAUGUGAAUAUGAAGAAGGGAAAAACAUAUAUUCUAAAAAGUCACACAAUGCCACAUCUUGCGCUUGCUGUUGCUCAUGGCACUGUCACUGGAAUGGACUAUGGUGAUAUCCAUUGUGAACUGCAAGUUCAUGUUCAGCCAAAUCGCUGUGUAAUUCUAGAAUCAGCCCAGAAUGCAGGCCAAAUUGUGGCUUUUAAUUUCCGGGGCACGGUUGCUGAUGAUACCACAGGCUAUGCAAAACUAACAAAGGAGUUUGUUGUCCAUGUUAAGGGAGUGUUCCAUAACAGUGCCAUAAUAUUGCUCACGACUAGCUACUGCCAGUCUCUUUGCCUGAGGUCUGAUGGGAGCUGCAGUGGAGCAGGAAAUCAAUCUGAGGAUUCUUACUGGAGAAUACAUAAAAUCAGCUCUCGGGUGUGCAUGUUUGAGAGUGCCAGACACCCUAGAAUGUAUCUGAGGAUCAAGAGUGGCCAGUGUGAUGGAAAUGGCACAGGAGAUGUGGACUGUCACUUCAUAGUGGAAAAUAACUUAGAAAGUGGCUCUGUAAGUCUGGAAUCUUUACAGAACAGAGGAAUAUAUGUUGGCCUUCUCCCUAACGGUCAGACAAAACCAGUCGUUCAUACUGGAGAAAGCAACAUUUUGUUUUACCCACAAGUUGUCAAAUUUGGCAGAGAAAAACCUAUGGGAACGUCAGCAACUGCUGCACAGCAGAAAGAAGUAAUCGGAGAUUCCAAACAUCAAGAAGCGGGAACUCAGAAUUUAGUAAGCCACAGACAACAAGAUUCUCCUGUCUCAGAUAAUAAAUGGGAAGUAUCAGUACUGACAGGAGAUUCAAAAACCCAGACAAAUGUCACUGUAUGGAUAUACGGAGAUGAAGGGAUUGCUGGACCAAUAACUCUUGAAAAAGACAACAAAGAACACCUGUUUCUACCCAGGACAGAAUAUGCAUUCCAGGUUGAUAUUAAACAUAUUGGAAAAAUUUACAAAAUCAGAAUAGGGCAUGAUGGUACAGGUGAACAGCCAGAAUUGAUGUUGGAAGAGGUGAUAUUGCGACACUUAAAGAGUGGGAAAACUCUGAGUUUUCCAGUGAAUAAAUGGUUGUCAAGGAGUCGGGGGAAUGGAGAUACUGUGUGUGAACUUCCAGUUGUAGAAAAAGGAAGAAGCCUUUAUCCAACUGUAAAUUACGAGGUUUAUGUGUUCACGGGACAUUUGGAGCAAGCUGAAACAGAUGCUCCUGUUUAUUUGUGCAUCUAUGGAGAAAGAGGAGAUUCUGGUCUAAGAUUUCUUCACAAGUCUGACAAGGCCAUUAAAUUUCAGAGAGGAAUGGCUGACAUGUUUGAAAUACAAGCUGUGUCUCUUGGAAAUCUACAGAAAGUAUUGUUGAGCUGCAAGGCUUAUAGCACAUCCCAGUAUUGGUACUGUGAGAAAGUUAUCAUCAGAGAACCUGGAAAAAACUCAGAAUAUAUUUUCAUCUGUGAGAGAUGGCUACCGUUUAUAUCUCAAGGCACACUUCAUUCAGAAAUAGAGCUCUUCCCUGAAGAAAUGCAAAUAAAUCAUCAGCUGAAAAUGCAAGAGGAUGAAAAUGGAGAAGACUGGAAAGUGACUUUAGUCACCGGAUCUUUUGAAACGGCUGGCACGACAGCAACUGUGUCCCUUUAUGUAUAUGGAGAAAACAAGGUUUGGGGUCCUCUGGUGCUGGGAUCUGGGAACCACCAGCAAUUUAGUCCCAAGAGCACAGAUUCAUUCAAGAUCAAUCUGAAAGAUGUUGGGGAGCUGUAUAAAAUACGGAUUGGCCAUGACAACAGUGGACCAGACCCCAGCUGGUACCUUAAAGAGAUUAGACUUCAAAGAAUGAUCUUACCAUCAGAGCAAGAAAUACGUUUACCUGUCAACUGCUGGCUGUCUGAAGACCGAGAUGAUGGAGACAUAUGGCAAGAAAUAGCAAUAAGGAGACCUGGAAAAGCAGUUCUACCAUUGGUAUUGUAUGAGAUCAGUGUAUAUACUGGAUCAAAUCCUGGUGCAGAAACUAAAUCUAAUGUCUACAUCACCCUCUUUGGAAGCAGAGGAGAUUCUGGAAAACGGAAACUUCAAACUUCAAAGACUAACAAUGUCAAAUUUCAACGUGGUCAGACUGAUAUUUUCUCCAUGAUGGCUGUGUCUCUUGGAGUUCUGAAUAAAAUUCUCAUUAGCCAUGAUGGAAAUGGUCCAGGCAGUGGAUGGUUUCUUGAAAAGAUUGUCAUCAGAUUUCAUGAAGGAGAAGAUGGAGAAAAUGAAGUUGUGUUUCCCUGUAAUAGAUGGCUAGAUGAGUACCAGGAUGAUGGGAAAACAGAGAGAGAGCUAAUUGCCAGAAAAAACAGGAAUGCAUCAAUACCAUUUACUAGAGGACAAUGGAGAGUCCUGGUUAAGACUGCUGAAGAUUCCCCAGACCCACAGGAGUGUAAGAGAACCCUUGUAAUUUAUGGCUCAAAGGGUAAAAGUGAUGAUCUUCUCCUUUCUCCACAAAGCCUGGGACAUAUGUGUUUUCGACCGGGAGCAACUGAUGAAUUCCUUAUUGAAUCUGAAGAUGUUGGAGAUGUGUACAAGGUUCGGGUCAGCUGUGAUGAUGUACCAGACUUUGAGGGCUGGCAUUUGAAGUCUUUUGAGAUGGAAGAACUCCACACUAAUCAAGAGGUGAACUUUGACUCCAGCUGCUGGUUCUCUCUUAGCACAGAACACAGAGAGCUGGUGAAAGAAUUCCCUGCAGUGAAAGAGAACCAGAAACCUUUACCAGUGCAUAAGUAUGUUGUCUCUGUACACACUGGAGCUCUAUGGGGAGCAGAAACCUUUGCAAACCUUUAUAUAACAAUUUAUGGUGAAAGAGGAGAUACAGGUGUCAGGCAACUGCGACACUCCUCCGUUGCGGGAGAAAAAUUUCAAAGGAACAAGGUGGAUUCCUUUUUAGUGGAGGCUGUCUCUUUAAGCCAUUUGAAAAAAAUAGUCAUAGGACAUGAUGGAGAAGGAUAUGGUGCUGGAAUAUACUUGAAGAUGAUAACAAUUAAAAAGUCAGAAGAUUCAGAGGAAGAAUGGAUCUUUCCAUGUUGGAACUGGUUGGAUACUCAUCUGGGAAUCUGUGACACAGUCUGCCAGAUUGAAACAAUAGGUAAAGUGACCUCUUGUUCAAAACAGCUUGAAAUCAAGAAGAAGCCGUCAGGUUUAUGGCUAAUGGACAUCAUUGGGUCUGACCUGAAUGCUGAAAUUGAUCCCAUACACCUAACUUUCAACUUUUGUGGAGACAAGAAUCAGAAAACACUGACAUUUCAGCUUUCAGGAAAGGAAACACAAAUGAAAGACAAGCUGACAAACAUUGGAUCCCUUUACAAGAUUCGGGUAUCUGGUCCAUAUGGACAACUUAAAGAGCCCUGGCAUUUGGUGGUGUUGCAUAUGAAACAUACGGGCACCAAUGAAGAGAUGUGGCUAAAUUUUGACUGUUGGUUCAAACCCAAUGAAGAGAAGUGUAUUGAACUGCCAGCAGUCUGUUCCAAUCAGGAUCCUCUGCCUGUUGUGGAAUACUCAAUCUGUAUUUAUACUGGAGACAAAAAGAAAGCUGAUGCCAGUGGAAAUGCUUACCUAUGUAUUCAAGGGGACAGAGGUGACUCCGGGAAACGAUGCCUUAAUAAAAGAGGCCCAGUUACAUUUGGCAAAGGAAAGGUGGAUGUUUUCAAAAUCAAAGCAGUUCAUCUUGGGAAGUUGAACCAAGUACUUGUAGGGUUUAAAAGUUUGAACAAAGAUGACUGGUUCCUAGAAAAGAUUGUAAUAAAAGAAGAAAUUCAUCCUUUUACCACAUACAUCUUUGUUCACAAUAACUGGAUCAGUAAAUACUCAAAAAAAGAUUUUACAGAAGUAGCAGUUUCACUGCAAGAAAUGACUGCAUCAUCUGGCCCAGUUAAAGAUUUUGAUGCUAAAAGCCAAGGGCAGUGGAGAGUGUGGUUGGAUUGUGCACACAUUCCAGAAAAAAUGCCUUAUGUGAAUGCAGUUAUCUAUGGAACUAACGGGAAAUCUCUUCCACAGAGAGUUCAGAAUUUUAAAGAUGAACCAUUUCUGCUGAAUGUUGGUGAUAUUGGCAGCAUAACAAAGGUUUCCUUUAUGCUAUCCAGCCCAGAUCUGAAUAAAGGACUUUUACUUUACAAGCUCCGGAUGAAAGACGUGGAUACUAAAGAGGAGCUGGGCUUUCACCCUUUAAACCAAUGGCUCUUUGAAGAAGAUGGGUCAGGGACUGUGACAGAGCUGGCAGCAGUUAGACCAGAUGAAGCACCGCUUAAGGAGAUUAUUUACUUGGUCAGCAUCCAUGCAGGAACAUUACCUGCAUCAGGUACAGAUGCAGACCUCUUUAUUACAAUAUUUGGGGAGAAUGGAGACUCUUCGAAAAGAAGACUUAGGAAUUCAAAGUCAUGUGAAUAUUUUGAGAAGGGUCAGGUGAAUACGUUCAGUGUUCGAGCAGUAGAUCUGGGGAUCUUAAGCAAAGUGCAUGUUGAACACAAUCAGCUUGGUUAUGGAGCUGGUUGCUACCUUGACCAAAUCACAGUACAAGAGCUAGAGAAGAAUGAUGGCCAAUAUAUAUUCCCAUGUCGACAAUGGUUAGACAGUGGAGUUGCUGAUGGAAAGAUUAAGCGAGAACUCCAGCUUCUUGGAAAAGUCAGGAAAGAACGUCUAGCAGGAAACCUUCAUGGAACUUGGGAUGUCACUAUUACAACACGUGGUUUUUCUAAUAAUAGUGUGAACCCUAAGCUGGUUUUGACAGUUUGUGAUGACAAAGCAAUGUCUGCUUCAGUUUUCAUCCCCAAAGGAUCAUUUAAGAGAGCUGAGGCUUACCAGGCAUCUCUGGAGCUAAAUAAGAAGUUUAUCAUGAUGUGCAAAGUUCGCUUGGAAGCAGAAGACACAGGAGGAGAAACAUGGCAUUGUCGUGAGGUGAAACUUCAACAUAGACAAAGUAAAGAAAUUCUACAAUUUCCAUGUCUGCGGGAUUUUUCAGAUGCUGAAGGAUGCACUGUAGUUGAAUUUCCAGUUCUCAUAGCUGGCUGCAGCUUUUUAACAGUUAAAGAAUAUGUUCUCUUCAUUUCAACGGACUCAUCCCCAGGAUCAGGAACAGACUCAGAUGUGUAUGUCACUUUGAAAGGUUCAAUGGGAGACACUGGCAAGAGGAAAUUACCAAAGAAAGGGGAAGACAUUUUUGUCAAAGGAAAGGUGGAUGUUUUUCAAAUAGAGGCAGUCGAUAUUGGGACUCCAUAUGAGCUUUUGGUGGAAAAGGGGAAAGGUUCCGACUGGCAUCUUGAGAAGAUUGUCGUGAAAGAGACAAACUUUAUAGGACAAGAGAUACUGUUUGCAGCUCAAACAUGGCUAAGAGACAGACCUGACAGGAAAAGAUGUGCCUCAGUAACUCUGAAUGUUACAGAAAUACAAGAAAGAAACACAACUGCUUCACUGUUACAAAGGAAACAAAUGAAAUCAGAAGGAUCAUGGAAGAUUUGUUUCACUGAAUGUCAUGAAGAUCCAUCAGAAGAACUUAAAUCGUCUUGGGACAACAUUUCUAAACUGGUUAUGAUAUUUUAUGGAAACAAUGGCAAAUCUGAACCAGUUUCCUUGGAGAACAAAAAAGGAAAUGAAGCUGAAGACAAAGCAACAUAUGAUGUAUAUUUCCCAUUUGAUCUGGGAAUGAUUUAUAAAGUGAAACUUGGGAUUCAUCAUUUGGGAGCAAGCAUUUCCCAGUUGUUCCAUCACUGUAAAGUGCAAAACACAACCCUUGAUACUUUUAGUCUCUGUAUAAAUAAAACACUUCCUCUUCUUAAUGGAGACCGAUGGAUUGAGUUCCCUGUAGAGUGGCCAUUAAGGGAAGCACUUUCCGUGCUCAGAUAUGAUGUGGGAGUAUUGUCCACUGAUGGUUUGGGCAUCAUAAACUCAGUUCAUAUAUCUGUGAAUUUAUAUGGAACCAAUGGAGACACUGAAGACCGAACACUGUUGUUGUCAUCACCUUCUGUAUCUCAGCCAGAAGGAGACAAUCAGUCAUUCACAGGUCAGAUAGAUGCUGUGGAUCUGGGAGAACUGCACAAAAUUGCAUUUCUGAUUGGGAGCAAAUCAUCCUGCAAACUGGGGAUUAAAGCACUGCAUGUGAAAGAAGCUCAAAAACAAGAGCCUGUCUACAUAUUUGAUGUGAAUGAAACUUUUGCUUUGGAUGCCAAUGAACCUGAAAUUAGAAGAGAAAUCCUCCUCUCUUCAGUUGUCAAGGAAGAUGGACCAGAUGAUCUGGUAGAACAUAUGGUUAAAGUGUACACGGGUGAUAAGAGAGGAGCUGGAACUGAUGCCAAUGUCCACAUAAUUUUGUUUGGAGACAAAGAUACAUCUCCAUUAAUUCAGCUCAAUAAAUCUCUGGAUCAUCAAAAUCCCUUUGAAAGAGGAAAAACUGACACAUUCAAAAUUAAGACAAAAAAUGUUGGGAGGCUGCAGAAAAUUGAAAUUGGGCAUGAUGGGAAAGGAUUUGGAAGCAGCUGGUUUCUGGAACAGGUGGAAAUCACAAACAUGUCUACAAAUGAACUACACUCCUUUAAUUGCAGCCGGUGGCUGUCUGAAGAUGAAAGUGAUGGGCGCACUGUGGUGCAGCUUUACAUAUAAUUAUGUUUUCUGCAAAUGCUAUCCGAAGGUGCUUCCCACUCUGCUUCAAACUGAGCUGGUUUAUUUGUAUUUCCUAAUUGUGAAAGCACUGUAAUUAUCAUGAAGAAAUAUCAAAACAAUGUAUCACAUUUUAAAACUCAAUGAGAACGUUGCUAGAAAUUCUGAAUGCUUUUGUUGAAACAUAAAAUAAUAUGGAGAUUAGAUGUUGCCAUGUGGCUUUGUGAAUCUCAUCUGUCCUUUUACAGUAACUGGAAUUGGUAAUACUUACAAAUAAAAAAAUAAAUAUAAGGCAAUUUCUGUUAUGAGUUGCCAGAUGAA